GGUUCUCCGCAUAGGGGAGCUCAAUCUGAGUAUUCCCGCUAUCAACCCAAACUGACUGGAUCCCCCUCUGCGUCCAGGACCGUUGGCUUUGAGUCGACUACCGCAUCUAUGAACAGAGGAUAUGCGACGACGCUGAAGAACGAAUUCGGAUCCGUUCCGAGAUCAUCGGAGAGCUUUUUUGAUUUCUCAAACCAAUUUACCGGGGUGUUGACGAAAAUGAAUGAGAAAGAACUGCUCCAUGGGCUGAACGACCGUUUCGCCGGAUUCAUAGAGAAGGUGCGUCAUUUGGAGCAUCAAAAUCAAUUGCUCGAGAGGGAAAUCGAGGAAAUCAAACAGAAGGCACAGUCCCCUGCGUCUCUGGCCCAGGAGCACGAGCCGGAGCUUAUGGAUCUGAGGAAACGAGUUAAUGACAUCACCCUUCAGAAGCGUCAGAUCGAGAUAGAGCAUCAGAACCUGGAGGAAGAUUUCCUCACCUUGAGAGACAAGUACGAGCAGGAGGCGCGUGACCGCUCGGACGCAGAGAACGGCAUCCUUGUGCUGAAAAAGGACGCCAACGAUGCAUACCUCGCCAAACUUCAGUUGGACAAGAAAGCGCAGUCUCUAGUGGACGAGAUCCACUUCCUGAAGAAGAACCAUGAGGACGAGGUAUCGGAGAUGGUGGCCAAGAUCCAAGAGGCUCAGGUAACGGUCAAGGCGCACGACUUUGGCAAACCCGAAAUCACUGCGGCUCUCCGGGACAUCCGUGCACAGUUAGAAGGUCACGCUGCCUCCGACAUUCAGCAGGCGGAGGAGGGCUUCCGUGUCCAGUUCGCAAAGUUAACCAAAGCGGCAGAGAGCAACAGAGAGGCGCUGAAGGCGACCCAGCAGGAGAUCCAGGAGAAUAGAAGGUGCCUGCAGGGAAAAAAUAUUGAACUGGACUGCGGGAAAGGAACGAGAGAGGCCCUGGAAAAACAACUACACGAGCUGGAAGAGCGUCACUAUGUGGAAAUGAUUCAUUACCAGGACACUAUCAGGCAGCUGGAGAAUGAGCUGACCAAUGCUAAACUAGACAUGUCUGGCUACCUGAGAGAGUACCAGGACCUGCUGAAUGUCAAAAUGGCUUUGGAUGUGGAGAUUCUCUCUUACAGGAAACUCCUGGAGGGUGAGGAGUCCCGUCUGUACACCAUCUCUGACACCCACAUCUCCAUGCCCUGCAUCUACAACCAGCCCCCCGUCUACACCCUGCCUUGCCUGGCCCGGCAGGGAGGUCCCACACGCAGAUCUGUGCCCCAGUACAAGUUUGUAGAGGAGAUCAUAACUGAGACCACCAGAGAGGUGGAGAUGUCCGAGAUCGAGGAGACAGGCUCCGAGGAGACAGGCUCCGAGGAGACAGGCUCCGAGGAGACGGUCGGGGGACAGGGAGAGGAGCUGAGACAGAAGCAGGGAGAAGAGCGUGACAAAGCUGAUAGGAGGAGUGGGGAAGAGGAGGAUGAAGAGAAAGAGAAAGAUGGAAGUAAAGUGGAUCUUGAAGUGGACGCCCCAGAGGAAAAGGGUGAACAGGAGGAAGAGUCUAAGAGACAGCAGAUGGAAACAUCAGCAGAGGUAGCGAUGAAUGGAGAUGGAGUUAACCCUAGCGAGGGAGAAGAUGGAGAGGAAGGAGAUGACGAAAGAGAGGUGGAAAAGGGGGAUGAGCCAGAUGAAGUAAAAAAGACAGAGGACAUUGACAGAGGUGAAAAAACACCAAGUGAAGUCAAAUCAGCUGAGGCCACCCGUAAGGGAGAGAAGGAAAAACUGGACACAACCGAGGAGCUAGACACCAAGAAAAAGGAGACAUUCGAAAAAGAUGACGCCCCAAAACAUGACGAGUCCAAACCAGAGGUUCCCAUGAACGGUGACAGCUCAACAGAACCCAAAACAGGAAGUUCAAUAAAGGGUGAACCACAGGUCCCCAUGGAGGACAUCUCCAAAGAAUCCAAAAAGGUGUCAGAGGAGAGAAAAAAAGGAAGUCAUUUAAAAGAGAAAAAAGAGAUAGAUCUGAAAGAGGAGAGUGCCUCAACAGAGCAACAGCAGGAUAGCCCAAAAGAAAGUUCCAUCAAAGAGAGAAAAAAGGUAGAUCUGACAGAGCAGAGUGCCCCAACACUGGAGCAGAAACGUGAUCAGAAGGAGCGCAGAGAGUCAGACCAACCUCAAUAGGUAGAGAGUGCUGUGACAACACAAGGGGCAGAGUGCGAUGUGAGAACACAAGAAGAGGAUCUCCCUGAGACCACAGAGAAGGGCAUGGAAUCCCCUGAUAUCACUGCAGAGCUGAAGAGCAGUUCAACCAAAGCGGCAGUGGAGCAGGUGAAGUCACCAGAUGAUUCUGGUGUAAAAACGACACAGGAUGACACAACAGUAGGAAGUAAAAUUCCAGACGGAAUUCCCAGCACAACAAGUGAGUGUAAGGAAGAGCCUGUGCCAAAGAAUCCUGAAAAGGAGGUGGGUCCGAAAGAGCCAA